AUGAUUUCAUUCCUGGAGGCGGGCCUGGUCUCCUGCCAGGUUUCCAGCGGCAGCAGGAAGUCACCGUCCUGCCGAUCUUCUUUGGAAGCAGCCGUCAACGGGUCCAGUACCUGGGGGUUGACCCAAACGGUGGAGCACUAUCGGAUCAUACAGACGUUAUGGUUCCAGCCCCAGCACCAACCCCAUUAUCCCACGCCCUCGCGCUCAAAGGGGACUUAUCUCGUGGAUGACUGCAUGGAGGGGCCCCCCUCACUCGCCCUACCGGGAAUAGUCGCCGCGGAGGAAGCCCACGGGCAGCAACGAUAUCUUGGCUCGUCUCCAGAGUGCAUGCUGGGGCACCGAGGAGCCGCCUGCCUAGUUCAGGGUCGAGACGCAAUGCACGCGUCGACAGGCACGCCAAUGGCCGUCCCGGGCAAGCGGGGACCGCCUGGGUGUCUUGGGCGCGCGAUAUUACUGCCUGCACGUCUCCUGCAGUCACUGCGCCCUGACCCCACACCCGUGCAGCAGCGAGGACCUACCACAGUACGGCCUCCGACUUGUCAACAAGCCUUGCAAGCCCCCCGAGCUCUCGUAGCUCCCGGCUCGGUGGCUCGGUGGUUGUUCAGGUCGAGGGUACGUCCCCACUGCCCCUCACCUCCGCAUCCCUGCUCGAUGAGGAGCACAUGUCCACCCAGUACAAAGACACCAACCGGACACAUACAUUCUAGUUCUACUAGCGUCAGUGGCAGGUCUUGGACAGCCGGCUUGUCUCUUGGUAUAUAG